AUGGCUCGCGGUCCCAAGAAGCAUAUGAAGCGUCUUAACGCUCCGAAACACUGGAUGCUGGACAAGCUGACUGGCACUUACGCCCCGAAGCCCUCGGCUGGCCCGCACAAGCAGCGCGAGUGCCUGCCCCUGGUUGUCUUCCUGCGUAACCGCUUGAAGUACGCCCUGAACGGCCGUGAGGUCCAGAGCAUCCUCAUGCAGCGCCUGGUCAAGGUUGACGGUAAGGUUCGCACCGACACCACCUACCCGACCGGCUUCCUGGACGUCAUCUCGAUCGAGAAGACUGGCGAGAACUUCCGCCUGAUCUACGACAUCAAGGGCCGCUUCACUGUCCACCGCAUCACCGAUGAGGAGGCCAAGUUCAAGCUGGGCAAGGUCCGCCGCUGCCAGCUGGGCCAGGGCGCCGUUCCGUUCAUCGUCACCCACGAUGGCCGCACCGUCCGCUUCCCCGACCCUCUGAUCAAGGUCAACGACACCGUCAAGAUCGACCUGGAGACCGGCAAGAUCGUCGACUUCAUCAAGUUCGAGGUUGGCAACGUCGCGAUGGUCACCGGCGGCCGUAACAUGGGCCGUGUUGGUAUCAUCACCCACCGCGAGCGCCACCACGGCGGCUUCGACAUCGUCCACGUCAAGGACGCCCUGGACCGCUCGUUCGCUACCCGCCAGACGAACGUGUUCGUGAUCGGUGACGGCAACAAGCCGUGGAUCUCGCUGCCCAAGGACAAGGGUGUCAAGCUCACCAUUGCCGAGGAGCGCGACCGCCGUCGCGAGCUGGCUGCUGCCUCUGCCUAA